CUACGAUUCACCAAACGCAGCACUUUUUUUUUUAAAUGCUGAUCUCCACCUGAGUUGGAAAGGAUGGAUCAAAGCGCACAGCCGAAGAGCGCAGAGACUCCGGCGGAGGACGUCUCCAAAUUAACGGACGAGGAGCUGCUGAAGUGGGGGAAAGAGGAGCUGGUGCGCCGGCUGCGGAGGGCGGAGGCGGAGAAAAGGAGCGUCAUCCUGGAGCACGGCAAUAAGAUGCGGGAGGUGAACCGGCGACUCCAGCAACACCUGAACGAGAUCCGGAGUCUGAAGGAUGUGAACCAGAAACUACAGGAGGACAACCAGGAGCUGCGGGACCUGUGCUGCUUCCUGGAUGAUGACCGGCAGAAAGAGAAGCGAGUGUCAAGGGAGUGGCAGCGUCUGGGUCGUUACAGUGCCGGCCUGAUGAGGAAAGAAGUCUCCAUCUACCUACAGAAACUGAAAGAGCUGGAGCAACGGCAGAUCGAGGUGAUCCGUGAGAAUGUGGAGCUCAAGGAGGUAUGCCUUAUGCUGGAGGAAGAGAGGGCUGAAGCUUUGGCAACUGGGGGAGGUGGCAGCAUCAUGGCUGGUCGGGGGGGUCCUGGCUGCAGGAGCUCUAUUGACAGUCAGAGCAGCCUCACCCAGUUAGGAGGAUCUGUCCCUGCGCCUGGAUUGCUGCGGGAUGUUGGUGAUGGGAGCAGCACUUCGAGUGCAGGAAGUACGGACAGCCCUGAUAACCCUCACCACAAACCUUCCUUGGUCUCCGGCUCCAACGCCGUCCCUGGAUCUAGAUGUUUUACCUCAGACCUCCCCAAUAAACCAGGAGACAUCUCUGAGUCUACAGGAAGGAGGCACAGCUCUACUCCAGAGUACCACACAUUCCCCCAGUCCUAUCGGCCGCGUGGAGGGUCCCUUACCAAUCUGGAACCUCGUGGUCUAAGAGGGAACAGCCCAGAGAAACACAAGUCUCCCGCAAGACUGUUGUGCAACUCCCACUUAAAACCCUGUAGUGCCGACAUACUAGCCCAGAAAAUUUCAGCGCAACUAUCACCUGCCUCUGGAAAGGGCAUUGUCAAUUCUAGUCCAGAGAUUGGUCAAAGGCAACGGACAGUCAACACAGGCGGCGCUGGCUGUGGGAGCCCUGAGGCUACUAAGCACACAAUGACUGGGACACCUGAGCACUUGAGAAAAGGAUGCGUAAUUGUGGGGAGUCCAGAGUCCAUACGGCACCACCGUCACUAUCAGCACAGUUCUGGUGUGGAGCAUGGGAAGGCUCAGUACAACAGCAGAUCCCCAAGCAGGGAAGGUCCUCUGCGGAGAGCAGUGGGUGAAGAAAUGGGCCCCCACCACCAGAGUCUCUACAAUGCUCUGGUGUCUGCUGGAUGCUGCACCAAUGCCUGUAGGAGUGUAAAUAUUUGGGAGAGCUUUGAUGCUUCCUGACCACUGCAAGCCUCCUAAACAGAUUCUGCUGCAACUACACACCCAGAGAGGGAGAGUGCCAGAGGUGAGGAUGGUGAACAGAUGAACUGACUGAUGCAUAACCAGAUGGAUAGAUGAUCGGAAGCAGCGGAGGGCCAUGGGCAGUGAAACAGUGACAUAAAGAGAAAAAAACACUACAAACGGUGGAUACACUGGAGCGCACCGCUCUUUCUACACCCUGUCUGCUGCUGCUGCUGCUGCUAUGCAUUUUCACCAGAGAAGACUUUAUUCUGACAUGCCAAAAUGAAGAGAACAGGAAUAAGAAAUAUUUGUGUUACUAACAAAAUACUGUGGUUUUACCUCUUUGGAAAGAGAGAGAACUUCUGGAUGAAAUAAGCUGCAUAUGAAAGAGGGAUUUGUUCUGGUGCCGCUCUUCUCCUCACACAUAAUGCCGGUGCUGACUGGGAAAUGCAACACACACCACGUGGCAGGAGGCACUUUAGCUGAUGUCCGUGCACCUAUCGUUUGGGUCCACCAUCCUCAAUAUACCAUGGCCUCCAAAAAAGUGCAUGUUAAUAUUUCCAGAUUGGCAGCUUAGAGUCAGCGACACAGGAGUCACAAUUUUUGAACAAAUCAAAAGGAUUCCAAAAAAGAUAAAGUUUGUAUUCUACUCAAAAA